AUGGCAGAGGUGGACAAUUUCAGAGGUGGUGCGGUUCAUGAAAGUGGAAAACCUCAGGCACUCCACGUGGAAGUUCGUUGGAUGCUUACGGGAGGAAUGGCUUGCGAGGUGCAUGCAACGCCCAGCACAAGAAUUGCCGAAAUACGGGCGCAGGUGUGUCAGACGACAGGAGUUCCACCGGAGCAGCAGAGACUCUUCCACGAAGGCAAAGAGCUGUCGCAGCAAAUCGAUGUGUCCGAGAUGGGUCAUUCCUACGCCGGAAUCCAGCUGGUUCGCUGCCUGAGCGAUCCUCGCAAUACCAACAGGGCACACUUCAGGAAGAAUCUUGAGCUGGAUGAGGGUCUUGUGGGCGAUUUCCUUUGGGUCAAAAAGCUUGGAGAUGCCAUAUAUGGUGAGGUGGCGCAGUACAAGUGGAAAAAUGGACGCGACUUUCAGGAUGUUGCCGUCAAGUGCAGAAGCAUUGACAAGGCACGGCAAGCGCUUGGCGAGGAGAAUGAGUGGACUGCUCACCUGUCCGGCCGAAAUGUACCCAACCCAGAGGACGCAUUUGCAGAGAUUGGGAUUCUCCAGUACUUGUCAAAGCAAUCGGAUCUUCCUGCUUAUCUGCUGAAGUCGAUGGCAGCGUUUACACACAAUUCCAAUAUAUGGCUCGUGACGGAGCUGGCAGAGGGUGGCGAACUGCUUGACGCGGUUCUCAAUGGACGUGUUGACGAACCUCAGCGGAGGCAAUACACGUGGCAGAUGCUGCAAGCCGUGAAGUACCUGCAUGCCCACGGCAUAGGCCACCGCGAUAUUUCCUUGGAGAAUGUCUUGCUGCAAGGCGACAGCAUCAGGCUCAUGGAUUUUGGAAAUGCGGUUCAAAGUCAUUCGGCCACCGGGCAAGAGCUCCGCUACUUCCUUGCUGUGGGCAAGGAUACCUACCGAGCUCCAGAAUGUUUCGUACCACGCCAACCAGAUGCAAGAGUCACAGUCCCAGCAGCAGCCAGACCUGGAGAUAUUAUCAUGCAUAGAGGCUACGAGGGAAUCUGGCAGGUUCGCUUGCCGUCCAGUGCGACGCCCGGUCAGGCCUGUCAAGCAGAGAACUGGGGCUGGAAGCUUAAACACUGGUGA